UCGCCUGGAAGAGAAGGGAAAAAAGAGAUCGUCCGUGAGCGUGAAACAAAGAGAAGCAAACGGAAGAUUUACGGGUGGAACGGAGAGAGGUAUAUGGUGGUAGUGGUGAGACCAGUUAUAUUUUUAUUGUCGACUGGCAUAUUUCGCGAAGCUGGUCGCAACGAAUGUGUGUUUGACGUAUCGAGGAGGGAACGAAAAGAGAUGCCUGAAAAUGUCGGGUAAAAGUGAAACUCGGUGAUCAAAGCUGGAUGGGAUAGACAGUGAAGGGAAGUGAAUUUCGGUGGAUUUAUUCGCAUUAUCUCUCGGAAGGUCACGACCAUUGCGUUGGUAGCUGGUUAAUUGAAAGUGGGGAAUCUCCGAGAAGCUCGAUCGUGCAGGUCAGCGCGUUACGGUGCGACACGAAGGGAAAAGGAGUACACGUACUACGAGUUACGUCGGCGAACGAACGCGUAUAUGCUGGAUACCUUGCGAAAACAUCCGCGAAUGGAGCACGGAUUAAAGUAUGACUAGUACCGUGGCUACGGAACCAUCCACGACUGUCAAGUUUUUGGUAGACGGAAUGACAUCCACGACUACUGUCACUGCGUUUUCCAAGGAGGAACCAGCACCGAUAUUCUUGCAGACUAAAGCUGCUCAAGUUAUCGCUGGUGUGUUCGUUUGGAUCGCUCUGUUCUUAACAUGUCAACAGAUUUAUCAGCACUUGAGGUGGUACACCAAUCCAACAGAACAGAGAUGGAUAGUGAGGAUUCUGUUUAUAGUCCCAAUAUACGCAACUUAUUCUUGGGUCUCUCUACUAUUUUUUAACAGUGAAAGCUAUUAUGUUUAUUUCUUCACUGUACGAGACUGUUAUGAAGCAUUUGUUAUAUAUAACUUUUUGUCUUUAUGCUACGAGUACCUGGGAGGUGAAGGAAAUAUUAUGUCUGAAAUACGUGGCAAACCUAUUCGUUCCAAUUGCCUAUAUGGAACAUGCUGCCUAGUUGGGAAAACGUAUACCAUCGGCUUUCUUAGAUUUUGCAAGCAAGCCACAUUACAAUUUUGCUUGGUGAAGCCGGUAAUGGCAUUCGUCAUUAUAUUCCUUCAAGCAUUUGGACAUUACAGAGAUGGAGAUUGGUCUCCAGAUGGAGGCUAUAUUUAUAUAACUAUAAUUUAUAAUAUCAGCGUGUCUCUUGCCCUCUAUGGACUUUUCCUGUUCUACUUCGCUACAAGAGACCUGUUAACUCCAUUUGAGCCUGUUUUAAAAUUUUGUACUGUCAAGAGUGUUAUCUUCCUCUCAUUCUGGCAAGGAGUUUUACUAGCAAUCCUUGAAAAGGCAAAUGUAAUUUCACCUAUAACCUUAGGCCAGACAACCAGUGCAGGCACAGUGUCUGCUGGUUACCAAAAUUUUUUGAUUUGCAUUGAAAUGUUAUUUGCUGCUAUAGCUUUACGUUAUGCAUUUCCUUAUCAAGUAUAUUCAGCUGGUUGCGUUACUGAUUCGAGAGGAAGAAGUGUAACAAUGCAAAGCAUUAGCAGCAGUCUAAAGGAAACCAUGAAUCCAAAAGACAUAAUGACUGAUGCCAUUCACAAUUUUCAUCCACAGUAUCAACAGUACACUCAGUAUAGUUCUGACGUUAAUACCAACUUGCCGUAUGAAAAACUAUGAGAGUCCGAGGCGUCACUUUUUUAAUUACAAGAAAUUGGACAUCAGGCAUUUAUACAGUUUAAACGAAGAUUGAAAAAUUCUUAAUGUUAUAUUAUUAUUUCUUAAAAGCUAAUUUUACAAAUUUACUUGAUGUUUUAAGUUCGAAUGAAGUUGCAGGGUGGGCAAAGAAUUCUCUGCUCAAAUUAUGAUUUAAGGUUUACAUUAAAUAUCUGUAUACGUAUAUACCUAUAUGCAUACACAUAUAUAAAUAUAUAAGCAUAUGAUUCAAUCAUUUUUAAAAUUAACGAAAUCUACUGUACAAUAGAAAUUAAGCACUUAACACGAGAGCACUUAGAGUACAGUGUAAUUUCAUAAAAGAUUUUGCUUUCUAAUAAAUGCAGAACAGAAAUAACAAUUGAGUACUAUUCUAUAACAGUAUUGCAAUUAAUCAUUUUAACAGUACAUCGAAAAUAAUUUAAAAAAAAACAUAUAGUAUUAUUUUAUAAUGCCUUUUUGAGAAUCAAAAAAACGAAUGGCAUGUAAACAUGGA